ACUCCCAUUUGAAAUGUAAAUAUUAGGGUAUUCCCGAGCCAGUGGAAGUUCCGCCUACAGCUGGAAGUGCACCUACCAGUCAGGUUCCUAAUGUGUCUACUCAGCCUCAGCAAGCUGCACAACCAGGACUUGUUCCUUCAACUGGACCAAAUGCAAAUCCUCUAGAUCUUUUUCCACAGGGUCUUCCAAGCAUGGGUCCAAAUGCUGGUGGUGCGACCAACCUAGAUUUUCUACGCAGCAGUCCACAAUUCCAAGCCCUUCGAGCAAUGGUGCAAGCCAACCCACAAAUCUUGCAGCCCAUGCUUCAGGAGCUAGGAAAGCAGAACCCUCAGUUAGUGAGACUGAUUCAAGAGCACCAUGCUGAUUUCCUUCGCUUGAUCAAUGAGCCUGUUGAAGGCGGAGAAGGUAACAUACUGGGGCAGCUUGCUGGGGCAAUGCCACAGGCAUUAACAGUGACACCUGAGGAACGUGAAGCCAUAGAACGUCUUGAAGCAAUGGGGUUUGAUCGAGCUCUCGUGCUUCAGGUGUUCUUUGCUUGCAACAAGAAUGAGGAGCUGGCUGCAAACUAUCUGUUAGAUCAUAUGCACGAGUUCGACGAGUGAUGAUAGGAAUUGAGCCCUCUUCUUGUGGAGAGUUCAAAUGAUGGUCAACUGCUGGAGGGGAGAUGAAUGAUCAGAAAUGUAAUUAGCUUGUCAUGCCUAAGUUUGACUCUGCUCAGUGUAACUAUAUAACUUGUCGAAUUCUUGCUUGUUCGGUAGUCACAUGGUGUCUGUGAUUCAAUAGUAUACCCGUAUUUGAAUUACCUAAGUUCUGAAUUCACAGACAUUGUGAAAUUAUAUACAACAUUUAUCAUCUCUAUGAUGUUAAUAUUAUUGAAGUGCAUCGCCAUUUUUAGCGAUAAA